AUGCUGGAGCCCACAACGGAAAACUCAGAAACGAAAGUUUACGUUGAACCAGUGCGUGCCUGCAUAUCUGUCAGAAGAGAGUUUUGUUUUGCCUCACUUUGCUCUACUUUUUAGCAACACCUUUCACUAAAGUAUAUGCAUGUCUUAGCUAAAGAACUUGACUACUUUACUGCCAAGACAGAGACUGCUAUUAUAGCAUUAGUACCUAAUUUGCGGAGAGAAUGCAGCGUCUAGGCAACGAGCAUACUCAGGGCACCUCACUCAUCAGGUCAAGCCUCUGAUAUCAGGAUAAAUUUAAAGCAUUUUUUCCCCGGUAUGAAUUGAAAACAAGCAUGCACAGCAGAAUUUAUUGGGGCCAACAAAUUUCGUGACGGCUUUUCAACUGCAACCUGCCUCUGCAUAACAUAGGUAAACGAAUGAAAGCGCACAGCAGUAUGAAUUUGUACAGAAUGGCAGUGCAUAGGAGCAAGGUCAAAGUUCAAAAUAAUCAAUAAUCAGAUAAGACGUCCACAUAAGCAUCAAAAAGGAAAAAAGGGAAGACGGAAUGUUAACAACAAAUCACAGUCAGAGGAAAAUAGAGGAGUGAGAUUACCAGGGCAAUUGCAGAUUGAUCACGUGAUCUAACUGCUUGCACAGGUCUGGGCAAUACCUACAUUUUAAAAUCUUUGCGCCAAUACAAUGGAAGCGUAAUCUAGUACAUACUCUUUUUCAAAGAGCGAGAAAUAUUUGCUCCAGGGAGACCAUAGAUACAGAAACUGCCGUAUCAAAGAAGCCUUACUUAAUCGUGGUUAUCCUGCACGCUUCAUUCAGAAGUACAGCAACCAUUUGCGGCCAAAUUUGACGGAACAGUCCGUUCCGAAGAAGCCCGUUAUAAUAUGUCUACAUUUUAAGGGUGACAACGUCUCAAACACAAUCAAGCGACGCUUGCGUUGCACUAUAGAAAGAACGUACAGCGCAGCAGAGCUUAUCUUCAUCAGUUCCACAAAAAGCCUUCCAAUUAACCGGGCAAAGGAUGCCUUGCCAUUGCACGCCACCCCCAAUUGUGUGUAUGAAUUCACAUGCACUUGUGGAUGCAAGUACAUUGGGCGAACGCAAAGGCAAUUGGCAACCAGGGCCGCUGAGCAUUUGCCUAAUUGGCUUUUCAAACACGAAAAUAGAACCCCCCGUUCGUCUAUAACGAAACACCUGUUAGAUAGCGGUCAUGUUGUCGACCCUAAAGCAUCCUUUCGAGUACUUGUCCGUGCACGUACAACUCGAACCUUACGUUAUGUGGAAGCAGCAUACAUACGGAGAGAGAAACCAGACCUGUGCAAGCAGUUAGAUCACGUGAUCAAUCUGCAAUUGCCCUGGUAAUCUCACUCCUCUAUUUUCCUCUGACUGUGAUUUGUUGUUAACAUUCCGUCUUCCCUUUUUUCCUUUUUGAUGCUUAUGUGGACGUCUUAUCUGAUUAUUGAUUAUUUUGAACUUUGACCUUGCUCCUAUGCACUGCCAUUCUGUACAAAUUCAUACUGCUGUGCGCUUUCAUUCGUUUACCUAUGUUAUGCAGAGACGGGUUGCAGUUGAAAAGCCGUCACGAAAUUUGUUGGCCCCAAUAAAUUCUGCUGUGCAUGCUUGUUUUCAAUCAGGAUAAAGCUAAAGGCACCAAAUGGGGGGAUUUCAUUGUGCGUGGAACUCUCAGUUGAUGUUCUCGGCCGCAGUACCCACUGGUGAGGCCAGGAUGUGUGUGUUGCUCCUAAAACGAGCCACGCGGUAGAGGCGCUGGACCAACGCGGGGGUUGGAUUGGGGGUCCGGCGGGCCUUAUCGGGAAUGCGUAACCAUAACAAAUGUCAACAUUCGGGGGUGUGGCGGGAAGCCCGGCUGCAGACACACAUCGCGCCAGUUGGUAUCUGUGCCGUCCCCUAUUUUUGUUGUGGUAUAGAAUUUUGGUCAGUAUCCGUUGUGGACUAGGGGUAUGGUGGUACACUCAGGUGUGGGUUUAAACCGUGCCAGCCGCCUGCACCAAUUUCCGUUUCUGCUCUUGACUCUGUCUUGGCGCCGGAUCCAGGUGGCGGAGGAAAGGGUGUGGUAGGUGUUGCGUAAGCCUACAAUCAUUAUAAACAAAAUCAGGCGAAAGUCAUCGUCCCUGUUCUCAUUCUGCUGUGGAGCACAGGGUGGACAUCGUCAGCAACGACGGGCGAACCAUCGUGUGCGUGUAUGCAGUCAGCGUCAAGCCGUGUCCGAAAGAAGGCUAGGCAGUGCUGUCAACUGCUUUGAUUGGUUUGCUGGAGCAGGUUCAAGUGUCCGUGUCCAAGUCGUGUGUGCUACUCUGGCCGAAGCGUGGCAUUUUCAAGUAGGAAAUAAGCAACUCUGGUCGUCUGAAUCGGCCCAUGUGCACCUGUUGCAGCCGGUCAGACUACAAAAACUCAAAAACUGCAUGCAGCGAAAGCGAAUGACUUUUGCGCACCGGCACGUCGAAAAGGACGCUAGGUAUCGUAUUAUUGGCCGUCAGCAAGCAGGAUAGCAGAAGCACAGCAAGUCUACUUUUCUUACUGAUCUGUUUUUUUCGCAAGUGUAGUAUGUCCGCGAGCAGGUCGAACGAUGCAGAUGUCGCUGUCAAACCCCUAACUCUUCCAGCAUCCCAGCAGGCGUAAUAUCUACAGGCCUAUUGCGUUCGACGUACUUGCCUUGAGUAUGCUGCUGACAAAGGCCGGGGCGCUAUAAUGGACAUUUCUGGCUUUUCUACUGUCGUCAGCUGGCCCCUCCUCCAAACACAAACCUGGGAACUCGAGGUUAUAAGUUGAGAUUUUUGGUCACCUAAUAUUUAGGAAAAAGCGCUGCCAUUGACAGAACCUUCUGACGGUUGGGAUUGGCAACAUUAAAGUUACAUGGAAGUCAUACUCGCCGAUCCUGGUUAGAAGAUGGAGCCUUACUCUGAUGCCCCAGACCAGGGUCCACACAGGCGGAGGGUAUACAGCUAAACUUGGGGCAACUUUCCUUGCAAAAAUAGACUUACUUUAGUUCAUCUGCCCGUCUGUUUCGGCCACAUGAGGGAAUAUGAACUGUGUUCAUUACCGCACUGUCUCCAAACGAGUCCUCUGAAUUUAUUAUAAACGCCAAACAUCAUUUGUAUUAGUCGUUACUACCAGGGUUUGUUAAGACUUAACCCCGUAUUAAAUCUCUUUAAGCUAACCACCUGCGUCCUCAAAAAGUGUUUUUCUAGUGGUAACAUCCCUCGUUAAGAUGAAGAACACCCAUGCUGGACUUUGAAUUUAUGCAAGGCCGAUUUGCCGAUUACAAAGCGAUACUUUGCUUGCGUGUCCGGCUUAGUCAAAUCACCCUACCUCUACAGAUUGCGCGUUGAUUUGAAUUUUAGAAAACUGGACUGGUUCUCGAGGCCUACAAGCGCCUUCAAGUUAGCGUUUAUGUGCGCCAGGCCAAAGGCAUGAGGUGAGUUGUGCUUUAUCAGCUGUUGUUUAAACUGAAUAACAGAAAUUGACCCUAAGCUAGAUUAGUUCUGAUCUUAAGGUUUUUUUCAAGAUAAGCCAAGGAUUAAUAGUUUGUAGACUGCCGAUACUGUCGACGAAACGGUCGCGGUUUCUGAGUCCUUUGCGUUAGGCCCCCUUCUGAGAAGUUUCUAACAUUUAAAACGGCGGUAGCUUUGCGUCCGCCUGGCAACAGAUUACUGUACCCCACUCAAAAGAAGAAGAGGCGUUCACCGGGAGGGGUUGAUUGGAGGUCCGGCGUUUCGAGUAGUUGAUUCGUCUAUUCAUCUUCAGAGACUGGAAAGUCCUGCGCACAGCUCCCCUUAUAUGGCGCACUUUGUUCAAUGCGUGACGCGCCAAUGCCGCCUGUGUGGCUGCAUCCAACCCGCAUGUCACCGUGACCUGAAUCGCCCCCGUCGGCCGCGGUUCCUAUUCUCAUGUCCUAUUUAGGAGGCCAUAUAAGUCAGUCUUAAUGUCUAUUGGAUUAUCGAAAAAGGUCUGAGUUGUUUUGCGGUGCCAUGUACGCAUUAGGACGCCGGUCGCCUGACAUCGACUGCGGUGUAGAUUUUGCUGUGCUGCCUCCAGGCGAAUGUCUCGAAUGCAGAAGGUAAAAGAUCAGUCAGUUUAUUGAUCAACACCGCGAAAGCGCAGUGGUCUGACUUGCAAUGGCUCCGCCAAACCAGUAGGGAUUUUACCUGACCCUCGACCAGGUUGCAUUCCUUACUGCAUCGAUGACAUCGGGCUGUUAACAUCAAGCUCUGAUGACUUACAAAAUAUACUGUAAAGGAUGAAUAAGGCAGCCAAGUCGGGCUUUUUACGCAUCAGCACUGGGAAGACAAGUGCUUUCGAGCUGCAGGUGUGAUCAGGAGAGGGUACUCCCCCGAACUUACAAACUCUCAACCUGAGAACGUCGAGGAUUUCAAAUGUCCUGAGAGGAGACAGUGCCAAGUGAACGGACUAGGGCAAGGUUUUUACAAGUCGCUGACGAUGCCUUGUAUUUAUCACCAUAAACGUUAGUGAAUUCCGAGCCCCUAUUAAGUCAUUUCUUCCCGUACGAUUGUGAAUGCUGAGCUCUGUCCAUGAAGGACGAGGUAAUACUUGAUGAAUUUGAUAAUCGCUGCCUGAAAUCGAUCCGAUUCCACGAUUCUUGAGUCUCUUUGGUGGUUAAUGAGUCUGGACGGCAUGCCGGUAAUGACCAUUGCCAUGGUCAUGACCGUCCAUUGUUCCGGCCUAAAAUGAAUUCAGCAAAACGGCAGCGGUUUGGUCUGGCGAAUGUCGCCACUCACCUUUUCUGUCUAUAUAUAUGUUGGGCAAGACUGACUUUUAUGCCCCCUUAUACAGGGCAUGGAAAUAGGAAGGUUCCGCCCAAGUAAUAAUUCCGGAACGGGCAAAUAUUUCUGUGUCUUAACCCCAACACUAACUCUAAUAUAAAGUUAAACCGUCGCCCUAAUCUUGGCCCUAACCUUACCCUGAACCUUAACUCUGCAGUUAACACUAGCCCUCAUCUUUACUAUAAACUUCAUCCCGAGUUACCUUAGCGCUAACUUUAAGUCUAAUUUUAAAGCUAAGUCAGUUUUACCGUCUGUUGGAUUCUCGAAAAAGGCCUGAGUUUUUUGGCGGUGUCGUGUGUGCAUUAGGACGCCGGUCGCCUGACAUCGACUGCGGUGUAGAUUUUGCUGUGCUGCCUCCAGGCGAAUGUCUCGAAUGCAGAAGGUACAAGAUCAGUCAGUUUAUUGAUCAACACUGCGAAAACGCAUGAGUUGUCCAGUUCUCAUAUCACUGGUCAGGGGGGGGGGGGAACGCCGGCACCACAGCCGGCAGCCUGAAGAAGUGGACAAUUUCAUAUAUCUGGGGUAGACUUUCUACCAGAUGAGCUGGGUAAAGGCGAAACCGCUAACCAAACUCAUGCUGCUUGUAGAGUUUGGCAAGCCUUUGUAAAUGUCUAUGUGCUCACCGCGAUAUUCCCAUCACCUGCAAACGCUGCGCCCCCACUCUGUCCUAAUUCCUGUACGCUCGUGAAUUACGCGUGGCGGAAAAUGCAGGUGCUUAAACACCUCAGCUUGAGAAUCAUCCCGCCACUGACUUUGUCUUGAAUCGAAAUGCCAACAAAUCGCUGUGACAACAUGGUGAGGACAUCAUAGGUAAUCCAAGGAUGACGUUUGGACACGCACCCUUCGUAGGUGGCCUCGUGAGUUCAAUGUCGCUGCCAAACUGGACACGGUUAGUUCUAAGCCAAACUCGAGACAGCCAUCUGGACAUGGAGGGGACCCCUGGGCAUUCGAUAUAAUGCAUUCGCUGUGCUCUGCAGAUGUGAUGUUGCAGAUCGUCAGGCGUAGAGAGCUGCAUUUACACGACAUGACUGAGAUCAGUUACCUGUUGCGUGAUUUCAGUUCUACCAAUAAAGAGGCGAAGUAGUAGUUUUUUUUAAUAAAAGUAAGUAAACAAGAAUACGAAAACUUUGUUGCAUACAUCUUACGCGUACGUGUGUAUCCAGCAGAAAGUUGGACACGUAGGUAGUUUGAAUAUGCAUGUGUCCCGACCGCUUACCUCUCCUCUGACCUUAAAUUUGCAGUGACGCCUUCAAGAAUUUCACCAAGCCAGUCUUCUUCCCUCUGGCAUGGUUCGAAGAAGUAAGUCCGAAGUUAUAAAAAUUGAUUAAAAUUACUGCAUCGUUUUCACCUGGUCCCCUUCUUAAUGCAUGAAUAAUUUCAUCUGUGUCUCCUCUGUACGAGCUAGCACAUAUCGCUAUACGAACAUACGCCAGCCUUUUUGUCAUCCAUUAAUCUAAGUAAUUAAGACCGGAAACUCUAACACCCUAAGGUUAAACCGGUGUUCACUCGACCCAAGUGUGAAAAACUCGGAGGCCUCGGUCGGAAUCGGACCCAUAACAGCGGUUAAUUUGGCCCAAAUGUAGUUAACCUCACGGCUCCCGAUCGGGACCUCGGGGUUCACGUGGUUAGAGUUUUGGCUGUACUCAAACCCUGCCUUUGCUCUCGUGGGUUCGAAUCCUACCGAGGCCGACGAGUUUACUACAGUCGGAUCAAAUGAAUUAUUCAUAUCUGUAAAAAAUGGCUGACUAUCGACGAGAGAAUUACGACCCCCGAAAGCUAAGAAAUACUCACUUUUUCCCCACAACGUCGUUGCAAAAAGAUGCGAUUAUUGCAGAAUGGUAUUACCGACAAAGACAAGGGAGACUGGAAUGGCCAUUUCUGGCUUAUUAGCCGUCGUCAGCCGGUCACAUCCGACCCCGAAGUGUGAAACACCAGAGGCUCGAACUCGCGACCUGCUCGUUAGAAGUCCGCGCCGCUAACCACUGGGCCACGAGCACGUUGUCUUUUCGGUUUUCGAUCGGGAAUAUACAGUAGUAGAGGGACGCCCACCGGAACGUUCUUUACGAAACUCACUCGUUCCGCUAGUUCGAGCCUCUAAUGUUCCACACUUCGGGGUUGGGUAUGACUGGCUGACGACGGCUAAUAAGCCAGAAAUGGCCAUUCCCGUCUCCCUUGUCUUUGUCGGUAAUAAAAUGCUGGCCCUAUCAUACGCCGCUGUGCGGCUGUUGGUUGGGCUCUAAAGAGAGCCCAUAAGGCACAACGGAACGAGUGAGUUCCGUAAAGAACGAUCGGUGAGCGCCCCUUAAACAGAUGCAGUUAUCCCUACUGUGAGCCUCAACGCAGUCGCUGUCGUUCGAGGUCGGUCUGUCUUGGGUGAAUCCAGAGUGUGGAUAGGAAAACCUUGGGAAUAUACUAUGGGAGUAGUUUUUUUUUAAAUGGAAGACACUGUUCAUUGUGGGCGUCCACUGGCCACGAGGAGUGAAAAUAUUCAGUUUGACUUAAAUCAGUCAGUCAGAAUAGCAAUUAUUUCGCAGGUUCAGCAUUCAAGACAACUAAAUUUUUGUCGCAAAAACGUCGACCAUUUGGUGACUUUUGAUGAUCCACAUAGCAUGCAUAGGGUAAUACUGAGUGUUACUGUUCGCAAUGCGUCGGUCGUUGUCAAUUGAGAUAUUCCGCCAUAUGCAAGAGUGUACGGAUUCUCAUAAACCCACUGUGAUAGUCACUAUGUCGAUUGUCUUUUUCACGGACCCUCCCGGCAGCAAGAGUUCAAGCCUUGCUUUCGACCAACCCCGUCUUACGCGAGGAAGGUAAGGAUAGGCUACCAGCUCAGACCACCUCCAUGUGCAUUUACUCCUUUACUUGCUCCUGUAGAGCAGGCUACAUUGGUCGUACGAGUCGGCGUCUAUCCGCAAGAAUACGAGAACACCUGCCGGCAUGGCUGAGCAAGGGUGAAGUUAAGAGCGUACAUAGCUCCGUCCUAGCACACAUGGUCGAUUCUGGGCACCGUGUGGAUCCCAACGAAGCCUUCCGUGUGAUUUACAGGGUUCCACCUAACUGGGUCAGCGCUUACUAGUAACAACAGAGGUAACUGUCAUCAGACUAUAGAGGCCGGUCCUGUGCGCGCAGAAGAACCUCUUGCACGCUCCGCGUCUGCCGUGGUCAUAAAUGGAUUAACUGUAUGCAUGUCGCCACGCCCCUGCCCCUUCCCCCUGCCUUAUGACACGACUCAACCUAACCCUCACUGUCACUGAUGGCCUCCUCUCCCCCCCCCCCGCUCUAUUCACAUACCCCGUUUAUAUGCAAGGACGAACCGUAAUCGAUUGCACUUAUCACUCACACAUUCACUUUGUACAUCUUUCCCAUAUAAAUGUACAGGCCCGAUGUGAAUUUAUCGAAAGCACGCUUAAGCCCGCCAAAUGCUGUUCUGAAUUUUUUCUAGAUAGUUAACCUGACAACUCUGACCAAGCCGUGCUCGUCAAUAAUACUCUUUUUAAUAACAAAAAGGACGCGGGUCCGAUCCUCGGGUGUUCCAGAAUCCCGGGGCUGAGUAAGGCUGGCUGACCAGAAAGGGCCAUCCUAGUCACCCUUGUAUUUGUUAGUACCCUCCCUCUACAUCCACUACUGGUCGUUGUACGACUGUCUCCGGGGCAUUAGAUAAUAUCCCAAAGCACCCGGGACGAGCAAAUGAGGCAUGCGUCAAUUGGCAACUCGACUUAGAUGCUGUAUACGCACAAAAUUUCAGUCAGAACUGAAAUCCAGCAGAGCCAGUGCCGAAGAGUUGACAAAAUACGAUUGACGCGCAUUGACGCAGACUUCGGCCAACCGCAGAGUCACUUGCUAUAGACACGGCCAAAUAGCUAACCGCUUUUGUACAUGACCCAUACGCAGUUUGAAGACGAAGUGCGGAACCAGUCUCAGAGGUUUACGCAAUAAAGCUUAUUUUAGUGACUUUUCUCGGGUCUGCAGAAUUGUAGAAACUCAUAUCUACUCUUAUUUUGUUCGCAAAGAAUCUCAGCCAUAUUCACUUAAGUUGUUUUGAGAUGCCCCUUUUCAAAUACUCACGCAUAUAUAGUGUUUAAAACCCCCCGAAGAAGACGAAUAAGAAGAAAAGGCGGUUCCGUGAACCGGGUUUUAUUCAUGCUGACGUUUCGGAAACUCCCUCGUGAGUCGUUUGCUGGCUUUUCCUGCUAACCUUGAUUUGUUCAGCCUUACCGCACGCCUCGUAUUAUGGUGGAGGGUUGAAACACAAGAAAACCGUAUCCUUGAGAAAAUGCCAGACGUCCAUUUCCAUAGUUAGGUGUUCUGUGCGGUAAUUUGCGUGCUCAUGUUUCAGCAUCUUCUUGCAACCUCGUUCUUCACAUAUGCUCUACCAGUCCACACGUGCUUGGUGUUUGACCGUCUAUGUCCUCUGUACAUCUUCUUACUCCCAUAUAUACCGAGGUUGUCCUGAAUGCAGGCUCAUUUUUCCAAUUUUCGCAGAGUGCAGUUGCUGACGCUGCGUCGCUGAACAUGCUCUACAAGAACCUCUACGUGAUGCCAAAGGUCAUGAACAUUGUCCUGCUCGUUCUCUUCGGACUCUUUCUGGCCCUUUUUGUGGCGCUUCUCCUGGUCUUGAUUGUUCAGGCCUUUUUAUUCUGCUGCACACCCAGGAGACCCACCGGCAAGGCCGCCGCAGGAGUUUCUUGGGUUGCGGAUGACGUCCGUUACCAACCAGUCAGUAAGGGUGCCUCACAAGGGGUAAGUACUCGCAUAGCUCUCCCCUUCGUCCACCCUCUCCCCACUAAACGGACAAAAGAUGGUUUAAAGACGCCAUUUUCAUUUAAUAUCCGUCCCCUAAAGGACCUAUGUACACAGAGUCGACUUCGAUUAUACGCUUCCGCUUACUCAGUGCAACCACAAUUUUCAAUCGAAAUACGGAAACUGGUUAGGUUGGCGCUUAUCUACUGCACGUACGGCUAUGACAUAAAAUCGGACCCAAUUAUCAAUCGAAAUUCGGCGACUGGGAACUCCUCUGUCAUCCACACUGUACCACUCCAAGACAAUAUCUUUUUCUGAAAAAACUGGACUUAUUGAGAGCAUGCUAAGCCAUUAUCGCAAAGUCGAUUCUGUCUGCCGUAUACAGUGCGUGACCGAUUUCAUGAAAUGUUGACCGAAAUUCUAAAAUGCGCUUUCGGUUAGAAGGAUUACUUAGGUAGGGCUGUAAUGUUAAUCUUCACGCGGCAUAGUCCCAUGAUAUUUCGAACUUGCCAGGAUGUCAGUUUUUGAAUGCACCUCUUUUAGACCUCCUACAGAAAGCGCACUCGGUAACAAAUUACUACUUAUGUAGCAUGCAUUUUUCGCAUUGAUUUCUGAUAGUCUGAUAAAUUCAAAUAUAUUUUGUAGAAAACAGGCACAAAAAUAUGCUUCCUUUUACUCGUUUGGUAGAGAAUUACGUCUCCUUCACAUUUUAUGUCCGAAGAAAUAGUAUAUUUAGCUUUUCGAAAAGUUUCUAAUUAUGAUAUUGUUUAAAAUCAUGCAAUGUCCAUUCAUACAGCAUCGUACCUGUCCAUUUGCCAAUACUUCUCAUAAAUUUUACAAAGUAGUUCGCAUUCAUUGCAAAAUUUCAUGAACGUCAUAGGGCAUCUUUUUAAAGACGUAGUGGAGUAUAUGAUUUCUUUUACGCGGAAAGCGUGCACCUUGUAGAAUGAAAUCGCUAAACGCUAAUGCAACGGCUGAUCAGGCUCAAAAUUAUUCGGGAAUUAGGAAACUUUUUCAAAACCUAAAUAUACCAUUUCUUCGGACAUAAAAUGUGAAGGAGACGUAAUUCUCUACCAAACGAGCAAAAGAAAGCAUAUUUUUGUGACUGUUUUCUACAAAACAUAUUUGAAUUUAUAAGACUAUCAGAAAUCAAUGCGAAAAAUGCAUGCUACAUAAGUAGUAAUUUCUUACCGAGUGCGCUUUCUGUAGGAGGUCUAAAGGAGGUGCAUUCAAAAACUGACAUCCUGGCAAGUUCGAAAUAUCAUGGGAUUAUGUCGCGUGAAGAUUAAUAUUACAACCCUACCUAACUAAUCCUUCCUAACCGAAAGCGCAUUUUAGAAUUUCGGUCAACAUUUCAUGAAAUCGGUCACGCACUGUAGUUAUACUAGUGAAUUUUACAGCGUACUUGGUUACUUACCUUGACUGGCUGAAGGCAAUGAACAGUGCCUUCCAAGGGCUCCCAAAAUUUGCGAAGUAGGUGACUCGACAGCGAGUCUGAUCCACAUCCUCUUCCUACUUGCUUCCGUAACUGGAAAUUAUUGCGUCAAUGGCGGUACGAAAUACUUCGCACCAGGGCUUAUUUGGCAUAUGUCGCCGGGAACACUGUGACUUUCGCUUUAAACUGACUUCGAAAUGACUUACAGGGAUUGCCUUUGCCUUCUCUUUAGAUGCCACUGAAUGAAGGUGGAAGCGCCAAGGUCUGA